GCUGGAACUAGCUUCCUGAAAGCUUCCUAGGGCCCGAGCCUUGGGAGCCCAGAGUCUGCGCCUACUAGGAGGUGUCACGCUGACUGCUCUUUUUAAAGACCUAGAAUCUUGGCUUCGGCGUUUGGGGUAAGCUCCGUUUUGGUUCACGUUCUCGUUCUCAAGAGGGUUUCCGCGGACUCUCGCGAGAUUGGCCGUCCGGAGAGCCGGUGUCUCCUAGGAGCUUAGUCCUGGUCCUCUGCGAGGCGGCGUGGGGUCGCGGCCUGAUUCGGGAGUCAGCCUGACGCCGGCGGACCCCGCCUGGGAUCUUGGCAGCGAUGGAUGAUGACCUGAUGUUGGCACUGCGGCUUCAGGAGGAGUGGAACUUGCAGGUCAUGGAGCGCAAUCAGGCCCAGGAGCCCCUGUCGCUGGUGGACGCGUCGUGGGAAUUGGUGGACCCCACGCCGGACUUGCAGGCCCUGUUUGUUCAGUUUAACGACCAGUUCUUCUGGGGCCAACUGGAGGCGGUCGAGGUGAAGUGGAGCGUGCGAAUGACCCUGUGUGCUGGGAUAUGCAGCUAUGAAGGGAAGGGUGGAAUGUGUUCCAUCCGCCUGAGCGAACCCCUUUUAAAGUUGAGACCAAGAAAGGAUCUUGUAGAGACCCUCCUGCAUGAAAUGAUACAUGCCUAUUUAUUUGUCACUAAUAAUGAUAAAGACCGAGAAGGGCAUGGUCCAGAGUUUUGUAAACAUAUGCAUCGAAUCAACAGAAUGACUGGAGCCAAUAUAACGGUAUACCAUACUUUUCACGAUGAGGUGGAUGAGUAUCGGCGACACUGGUGGCGCUGCAAUGGGCCGUGCCAGCACCGGCCGCCAUAUUACGGCUAUGUUAAGCGAGCCACUAACAGGGAACCCUCUGCUCAUGACUAUUGGUGGGCUGAGCACCAGAAAACCUGUGGAGGCACUUUCAUAAAAAUCAAGGAGCCAGAGAAUUACUCAAAAAAAGGCAAAGGAAAGACAAAACUAGCAAAGCACCCAGUAUCAGCUGCAGAGAAUAAAGCAUCAGAACUCUUAAUUCUGAAGAUUGCUCUUCUCGCAUUAAUAGGAUUGCCUAGAUAAACCCAACAGAGGUGAGGCCCAGCUAGUCAUCCCUUUUAAUGGUAAAGGAUAUGUUCUAGGAGAAACAAGCAAUUUACCUUCACCUGGGAAAUUGAUCACUUCACAUGACAUUAAUAAAACCCAAAAUCUUUUAAAUCACAACCAUUCAGCAAAUGCUGUAAGAUCUAAUUCUGAAAUCAAGGUGAAUUUUGAACAGAAUGUUUCAAGUAAAAAUUCUCAUCUAGUCUCCCCUGCUCCUAACAGUCACCAAAAUGUUCUAAGCAACUACUUUCCUAGAUUAUCAGUUGCCAGUCAAAAGGCUUUCAGAGGUGUGAAUGGAUCUCCACCAAAAAGGGUAACAGUUGGCAACAUCCCUAAAAACUCAGUCUCUUCUGGUUCUCAAAGAAGGGUUUCAUCUUCUAAGACAUCCCUAAGAAAUUCUUCAAAAGCAGUGGAAUCAACAUCUGUGACUCUAUCCCAGGAUGUGAAUGGGUCUGAAGGUACAUUCCCAAAUAAACGACCUAGGCUAGAGGAUAAGACUGUUUUUGACAAUUUUUUUAUCAAGAAAGAGCGAAUAGAAAGCAGGGGUAAUGAUCCAAAUUAUAGUUCAUGUCCUACAGCCACUCAGAAUUCCAGCAGUUCGUCUAGUCAGGGCAAAAGAGUUAAUUGCCCAGUUUGUCAGAAUGAAGUUUUGGAGUCUCAGAUUAAUGAACACUUGGACCGGUGCCUUGAAGGUGAUUGCGUCAAGGUCAAAAGCUGAAGAAAGUCUUUGAAAAAGGUUGGAAAGUCUUAAGUACCACCUGUAUUACCUCACUAAUGUGCUGUGUCAGCCAGUCAGGAAGUCCUGGUUAAUACUAAGAUGUCUAGGCUAUAAUCUAGUUCACAUAACCAAUACAGAAUGUUCUAUGUUAUAUAUACAUAGGUAAGAUUGUAAUUUUAAGAUGUUUUGUAUCUCAAGGUGCUACAUUCACUCUUGCCUUACGUAUACUGUAACCCAGGUGGUUCUGCCUGUCAUGUAUAAUUUUUAGAUACUUUUGUUCUUUCUUGUUCUUAGGAUUUUAAAAUCUAUUUAUCUUUUUAUUGUAUACUCCUAAAAAUAUCCAUAUGAGGAAUUCUGUCAGGUAUUUGGUUAUGUUGACUAUUUCUUUAUUAAUAGUAUUACAACUCAUUUCCUGAACUCAUGUAAAUCUUCAUAGUGUCAAGACAUACUGACCAAAACCACAGUCUAGAGUACAAAGUAUAUUGUUUUAGAGUAUUCAAAUUGUAUUAUUUAUUUUUAAUGUUUUUUACAAAAUCUUAACAGGAACUAUAUUUUCUAUAUUUUAAAGAGUUUUAUUUGUCCCACUUUUACUAAAUGGUGGCAGCAGAUUUUAAGUUAAAGAAUAUGGAAUAUAGUAAAAUAAAUUUCUUUUGAAAUAUUUUUAGUAAUAGCCACUGUAAAAUCUGUAGGCCAGAUUAUUGGGUUUGGCUGUUUUCUCAAAAUUCAGCAGAGUGGUUAAAAUUCAGUGCUGAUAAGUAACUGAUACGUAUAGCAUAAACAUAACAAAGUUGCCUAGUUUAUGUAACAGUGGAAAAUUAUCUGGAAAUAGUAUUUUGAACUUUAAGCCAAGUUUCAACCAUUAUAAUAAAAGGAAAACCAUUUGUGCA